UCUCCAUUGCCAUUUAAUCUACCCUUCUUGGAUCCCAUCCUCCAUUAAAGGACUCAAAACACCUUCUACAAGCAUCUCUCUCUCUCUCCCUCUCUCUCUUCGUUCUUCAAACUUUCCUUUUCAUGGCACUUCUUACUUUCCCAUCAUCUUCAGAAACCCAAAAGAUACAACCAACAAAACACACAAGCAGUAAGAGAAACCAACACCAACAAAAACCUAAAACUAAACCAAACCCUAACCCUAAAUCCAAACCCAAACAACAAAUCACAUCUUCAUGGGACCAAUUCAAGAACUUGUUGACUUGCAAACAGAUGGACGUUGUUGUCGGGUCAAAUAAGGUCCAUGACCCGGUUAAGAACCCGAAUGGGUACUCCAAAUUGAGUUCUUGUAGCUCCAUAUGUAGUUUUAGGGAUGUUGUGCAUGGGAACACACGAGUGGUCCAUAGGGCUGAUAACUCGCCGGAGAGUAGCACUGUUGGUAUGGAUUCCGGCCUUCUUAGCCGGAAAAAACCGGUGGCUGAUGGCGGGUCGUCUUCUUCUUCGAAGACUUUAACCGGUUCGGUGAGAUCUUCUGGACAUGGGAGUAGUUUCUCGUCUUCUUCAAGAAGCAUGCAGUUUAGAAAGCUUUCUGGAUGUUAUGAAUGUCAUGCCAUUGUUGAUCCUUCAAGGUAUACGAUACCAAGAAGUACCGUUUGUGUGUGUUCUCAAUGUGGAGAGGUUUUCCCUAAAAUGGAGAGCUUGGAACAUCAUCAAGCUGUUAGACAUGCUGUAUCAGAACUGGGUCCGGAAGAUUCGGGUCGAAACAUAGUCGAAAUAAUAUUCAAAUCCAGCUGGCUUAAAAAGGACCAUCCGAUCUUCACAAUCGAACGGAUAUUAAAAGUCCACAACACCCGCCGCACCAUCCAACGUUUCGAAGACUGCCGUGACGCCGUCAAAACACGCGCCACCGCCACCGCCUCCCGAUGCGCCGCCGACGGCAACGAGCUCCUCCGCUUCCACUGCACCACCAUUUCUUGCUCACUUGGUUCUCGGAACUCCACCACCCUCUGCUCCGCCGUCCCCGGCUGCGGUGUGUGUACCGUCAUCCGCCAUGGGUUUCAGAGUACAAAAUCCGGCGGCGCGUGGACGACCGCGAGUAGUGGUAGGGCACAUGAUUGCCUUGGGGUUGACGCGCGUGGAAGGCGGGCGAUGCUGGUGUGUCGGGUUAUUGCCGGAAAAGUGAAGCGCGUGGAGGAGCACGCGCCACCGGAGGAUGAUGAGGUAUAUGAUUCGAUGGCAGGCUCUGCCGGGUUGUACUCUAACCUUGAGGAGUUGUACGUUUAUAAUCCGAAGGCUAUUCUUCCAUGUUUUGUUGUCAUAUACAAAACCCCUGAAAGCUUACGUUAUUAAUAAGAUGGGUUUUUUUUUUUUUUUUUUUUUUCUGUGUGUGUGUGUUUUAGAAAGUCUAAUAUGAUAAUAUUUGCAAGAAAA